AUGUCUAUGUCAUUCGCAUCAAUGCGAUCGCUGGAAUUAGUUGAUGACAAGAUUGUUUUUCGAUCAAAUGAUUCGGUCAUAGAAAUCAUAUCUCAAGCAUAUGUCGAUAUAAUCAAGUAUACAGUUGGUGUGCAGAAUAGCCUUUUCGCACCAAUUUCUGUUAGUUUGCCAGAAGAUGUGAGAUUCAUGAUUAAUGAUGACUUUUUUGUUUUCGAAACAUCUUCUCCGAUAUGCGAUAGAUAUCUAUCAUUGUCAAUGACGGUGACAACAGAAAGUGAACGCGAAAAGGUUGCAAAUUUUUGUUUAAUAAUUUUAUAUACAAAAGAUACAUUUGAUUUCACUUACCUCAUAACGUCCUGUCCAACUCCAUAUGCAUUGGCCGAAGCUAUUAUCUUGGAUCAGCAAAUUCGCACAAUCUCAUUUUCAUCUGUUACAUUUUCUCAAUUUGCAGAAUAUCUCAAGGUGAUAUGCUCUCAAAAUAGAUAUAUUUCUAAAAUCGACUUCAAUUGUAUCAUUUUCGAAUGCGAGCAGAAUGAAUUGAUAAAUCUCUUCAAAAUUAGCAUUGCAUCGCCAAUCACUAAGCUUUAUUUCAAUGACUGCGAACUAUUUUCGGAUAAAUUUACCAAAUUAUUAACAAAUUUUGCAAAUUUUCAAUGUCAAAUUGAGCAAAUCUCGGCGAUAAACUGUUCAUUCUCAAUGAACGCUUUAGAAUCUCUAAUGCAUUUUGUUUUUAGAACGCAAAACUUCAGGAAACUUCGUGAAUUUAUUUUGACUGGAGAAUGUUUGCCAGCUAAUGUCCAAGAUCUGAUGAUAGAGCUCGCAACAUCAUCUGAUACAAUUUUCCCUGAAGAUUUUGCUACUCUUCAGAUUAAUUCUACAAAGUUUAAUGCAUCUCAAAUAAUUGAAGCGUUUGCUGUAUGCAAAACGCCUGUUUUAGUACUUGAUGUUAGUAGGUCAAAUCUUAAAUCCGAAUUUUCGGAACAAAUCUUCGCAUUUUCAAGAAUUAGAGAACUUAACAUAAGUAAUGUUUGGGCGACUGCUGAAGCAUUGAUUUCUUUGUUUACAGCAAUAUCUACGUCGUCCAGAAACAUUUCUGUUUUAAUUGCUGAUCAUAUUCAUAUGACUGAUGCAAAUUUCGGCCAAUUUUACUCAGUCGCAAAGAAUUUGAACUAUCCUUCUAUUAGAGUUUUCUCAUGGGAAAACAACAAUAUAAAGAAUGAAGAAUUUCUUUGGGAUUUCUUCAGGAUGUUGAAAAAUAUGAGGAAUGUCAUUGAUUUAUCAGUGUCGAAUACAUUGAAUGUAUCAUUCCAAUCAUCAAAGUUGAUGGCUGAUUACUUAGAAGUUGCUCAUCUCCAGAGAUUCAUCAUGAGAGGUUAUGAUAAAUCUUCUUUCAAAGAAAUGUUUAUCCCGAUACUCAAAGCACUUUCCAUGCAUGAUUCUAUUAAGGCACUUGACGUGACUGGCCAGGGAUUCGGCGAUAAAGGUCUUAUAAUAAUAAAUGAAAUGCUAAAAAUGAAUUUGACUUCAUUGGCAUUCGAUGAGCAAUACCCACUUAACUGUGAUCAUCUUUUCACAACUCUUGACCUCAUUCUUGAAGAUAAAAUGGAGUUUGCACUAUGGCCAUAUGAGAAUCUCAAAAGAUUAUGGGCCAAAGUGUCAUCUCAACAAUUCCAAGAGCUUCUUCCUGUUGUCAGUUCCAUUAGGAAACGUUAUCUUGAUAGAUAUCGUUCUAUUAUCAAGAACUGCGAAAACGCUAGAAACAGCUUUUUCGAGUGUUCGCAGAUUCCAAGAGAUCCGCUUCUAAACAAUUACAAACCAACGCAGAAAGUUGACAUUGAUAUUCUUAACCAAGUCACUGUUAAUAUGAUGCAAUCAAUCAUUGAUGUGAAAGGCGAGUUUAACGAAGACUUUCUCACGAUUGAUAUUAAGAGGAUGAUUAAGAAGUAUAUGCUUAAUCUUCUCGUGUAA